UAACAGAGAGAAAUCAUCUUAACUCUAAUCAAGACCCUUACAAUGCCUCCUAUCCCACUGCUGACACCAAUUACUGGAUGGAGGAGGUAACCUUGUGACAGAGGACGUAGGAAAACCUGAAGGACUCGAGCCUUCUUUUUCCCCUGUCUUCACAGAUAAGGACUCCCCGUUCCCAAACCUGACUUGAUCGCCCGGCUGGAAGCAGGGGAAGAUCCGUGGGUCCCGGAUCUCCAAGUCUCCGAGGAAAAGAUGAUCCUAAGAGGCAGCGGCACAGGUGACGACGAGACGGGGAAUCCACCACUGGAAGGUCCUGAGAAAGGAGAAUUGCAGGGGACUUUGAUGAGAAGAACGGAAGAGCUUUUUUCCCAGUGCCUGGAACAAAGAGACGCCUGGGGUAAUUGGCCAGAAAGGACGCUGGGAAACAACCUGUGUCAGAAAGUGGCUGAAUCCGUUGAAUGUGGGAGAGACGGCGAUGGUCCUAACGAAUGCACGUCUCCGCAGAAAGAUCCCAAGGAUAAGAAACCCUAUAAAUGCUUGGAUUGUGGGAAGAUCUUCAAUCGGCGCUCCGGCCUUACUAACCAUAGGAGAGUCCACACAGGAGAAAGGCCCUAUCCAUGUGUGGACUGUGGGAAAAGUUUCAGUCAACGCUCCGGGCUUAUUAACCAUAGGAGAAUCCAUACAGGAGAAAGGCCCUAUAAGUGUGGGGACUGUGGGAAAAGCUUCAGUCAGUACUCGGGCCUUAUUAACCACAGCAGAAUCCACACAGGGGAGAGACCCUAUAAAUGCGUGGAUUGUGGGAAACGCUUCGAUCGGAGCUCCAAUCUUACAACCCAUCGAAGAGUGCACACGGGAGAGAGACCCUAUAAGUGCCUUGAGUGCGGGAAAAGCUUCAGUCAGCUCUCAGGCCUUAUCAGCCAUAGGAGAAACCAUACUGGAGAGCGGCCCUACAAAUGUCACGAGUGCGGGAAAAGUUUUGGUGUGCCAUCCGCCCUCCUUAUACACGCGAGAACCCACACGGGAGAGAAACCCUAUAAAUGCUCGGAUUGCGGGAAAAGCUUCAGUCAGCGCUCACGCCUUAUUAGCCACCAGAUAAUCCACACGGGAGAGGGGCCAUAUAAAUGCCUUCAGUGCGGGAAAAGUUUCAGCGCGCCUUCCGUCCUCGUUAUCCAUCAGAGAACCCACACGGGCGAGAAACCCUAUAAAUGUUUGGACUGCGGGAAAAGCUUCAGUCAGCGCUCCGUCCUUAUGACCCACCAGCGAAUCCAUACGGGAGAGGGACCCUAUAAAUGCCUGGAGUGCGGGAAAAGUUUCAGUGUCCCGUCCGCCUUGAUUAUCCAUCAGAGGACCCACACGGGAGAGAAACCCUACAAGUGCUUGGAAUGUGGGAAAUGCUUCAGUCGCAGCUCCCAUCUCGUUAGCCACGGGAGAAUGCACUCGGGAGAGGGGCCGUAUAAAUGCUUAGCCUGUGGGAAAUGCUUCAGCCAGCGCUCCGUCCUCGUUAACCAUGGGAGAAUCCACACGGGAGACGGGCCCUAUAAAUGUCUUGAGUGUGGGAAAACUUUCGGUGUCCCAUCGGCCCUUCUCAUCCACCAGAGAACCCACACGGGAGAGAAGCCCUAUCAGUGCUCGGAGUGCGGGAAAAGCUUCAGUCAACGCUCGGGCCUGAUUAGCCAUGGACGAAUCCACACGGGAGAGAAACCCUAUAAAUGCGCAGAGUGCGGGAAAAGCUUCAAACGCAGCUCAAACCUUAUUACGCACCGGAGGCUGCACACGGGCGAGAGGCCCUAUAAAUGUACAGACUGUGGGAAGAGCUUCAGUCAGCGCUCUGGCCUCAUUAGCCACGGAAGAAUCCACACAGGCGAGAAACCCUAUAAAUGCGCGGACUGCGGGAAAAGCUUCAGCCAGCGCUCCGUGCUCAGUAACCACAUGAGAAUCCACACGGGAGAGAGACCGUAUACAUGCGCGGACUGCGGGAAAAGCUUCAACCGGAGCUCAAAUCUGGUCACCCAUCGGAGACUGCACACGGGGCAAAGUUCGUAAGCGCUCUUUGCAAGCUUCGGGGAGAGCUCCCAACUUCACGAGGGAAAAUGAAAGUGCCUCCACCAUGGGAUACGUCCCGUUGGACGAUCAAGCCUUGUUUCACGUCAGACAAUCCACAUGGAAGAGAACCUCCCUCCCAGAAAUGCUUGGAUGAGGGGAAAAGUUCCAAAAGUUCAGGGGGAAAAAAAAUCAUGCUUCCACAUGUCAUAAUGGAUGGAAGAAAGACCUUGAAAGUGGGGAUGGUCUUUCAUCAGAGAUGCUUCCACGAAGGAGAGACAUUCUAUCAGCGGGCUGACUAGGGCCGGCCCUAUUAAAAACUUCCCAUUUCCUUAAUUCCCGCACACUGCAAUGGCGUGUGGUUCCCGCGUGCCUGUCUCUGGCAGCCGGUCCGGCAGCAGCUGCCUCUGAGCCAAUCGGGACUACAGGCUUCUGUCUACUAGACUACAGGCUUCUGUCGACAAAGAGCGUCUAAACGACUUCCAGUUCUGUCGACAAAGCAAGCCGCUUUGUCGACACAAGAGUGUAGAUGCAAAGGACAGUGGAGAGGCAAGAACGCCUUCUGGCAACAGAACUCUAGUAGACUGUCUACUAGACUACAGGCUUCUGUCGACAAAGAGCGUCUAAACGACUUCCAGUUCUGUCGACAAAGCAAGCCGCUUUGUCGACACAAGAGUGUAGAUGCAAAGGACAGUGGAGAGGCAAGAACGCCUUCUGGCGACAGAACUCUAUCGACAAAAGGCGUUAUUCCUCGUAGAAUGAGGCUUACUGCCAUCGACAAAACUGCCGAGUUCUGUCGACGUUAUGUCAAGAGAAUGCGGCAGUAGUGUAGACGCAGGUAUCGUUUUGUCGACAAAAGUCCGUGUUUGUUGACAAAACCGUGUAGUCUAGACACACACAUAAUGUGAAGGGUUGGUUGGUGUUGGGAAGGAAACUGGGGGGGGGGGGUUCGUGAUUGGGUCUGAUGGAGGUGCUUAGAGGGAGCUACGGAAAUCUAACGUUCAAGACGAUGGGAUAAGCUCGCGGAAGGGAGAUGCAACCUGUCCUCCCUCACCCCCUCUGCGUUUAGAAAGCACCAACAAAAGGGAGUGUAUUUCACAGGGUCUUUUGUGGCGGUCUGGCCACACGGAACGAAACUAACAGCCUGCUGCAAACCCGGGACCAUCUCCGUGGCCUGCCCUAGAGGAAUUGCCUAGUUUUUACCAGGUUGUGUGUCUGUCACCUCCCAGAACACCUUAGGACAGAUGAGUUCUGUUAAUCCCGGGUCGGCUAUCCACAUAGCUCUCCGCCCAAAGGAUGAGACACUCCAGCAAUAAUUCCUUGGUGACAAAGUAAUUAUUUAAUCCAAUCAGUCAUGGUGUAGUUAAUAAUGAACUUAUAACACUAGCUACUGUAGAGCUAUGCAAUCAACCAUACAAGCCACGCAGCCGGUACAAUGCUGCGUGACAGGUCACACCGAUUCCUUAUACGUACGGUAAAAUCCUUAAUACAGUGUUGUCAUGUUAGAGCAAACCUAUUACAGCGUAACAUACAGAACCCUUCUAUCAGUGUUUCUUUAACUUUUUAAGACCGAGGAACACCAAACAAUUUUUGUUUUAUGAGGCACACCAAGGAUUUUUUGUUGGGAGGCAGAAAAAAAGGGUCGUGAGGGAAAGUUAUUGAGGAAAAAAAAAGUCACCUGCCCCUUUAAGGGCGGCUAUUUUGAACUCUGUUCUCCGUAACACGGUUUAAGGAACACUGCCUUAUAUAGCAUGGCAUAAGAGUGGGCGUACUCGGUCAGACCAAAGGUCCGUCCAGCCGAGUGUCCUGUCUGCCCACAAUGCCCAAUGCCAGAUGCCCCAGAGGGAGGGAACACAACAGAUAAACCUUGCGUGAUCCAUCCCAUGUCACCCGUAUCCAGACAAACAGGCUAGGGACACCAUCCUUACCCAUCCUGGUCUUCACCCCAUCUCCUGGCGAGGAGUUCCACAAGUUACAACAAAGCUUCCUUUGGUUUAUUGUAAACCUGCUGCCUGUUCAUUUCAUCGGGUGGCCCCGAGUGAACGUGCGUCGGUCGUAACGUAUGCACGGUCAUCAGUCCAUCAUAGAGUGGGUGGGGUAAAAUCUAUCCAGCUUUAUUUGCAGCCAUUCCUUAUAACCAAGCGUGUUCUACUUGCUUCCCAUCUUCUUCCCUCCUCCUGACGCCUCUCGGUCUUUCUGCUCUACCCAAAGUGGCUCCAUCCCUUUUAUGGAUUUUUUUUUUCUCGCUUCUCUCUCUCCUCUGCUCACACGAUCGGCUUUUCUCCACUCCCUGCCCUGAUCCUCUCUGCUCACCGCAAACCGGCCAGCGCUCGUCUUUGGAAAUGAUUUUUGGCCCUUUCUCUUUGGCUGAGCUCUUAGUCCCUGUUUAGCCAAUCAACAUUACCUGGACCCAGCUGAAAGCCUCUUUUCCACCUUCAUGUAUGUGGAACAACAUUAAUCUGAAUUUUACUUUGCUCCCGUUACCUGCACGCUCAAUUCAGCCAAAGUUCUCCUUUUUCGAUUUGCGAAGGAAAAGUCUUUGCAGACGCUGGGUUGGAUUUCUAGCUCACCGUCCCUCCAACGACCCGUAUUUCUUACCUGCAAAAACAUAAGAACGGCUGUACUGGGUCAGACCAAAGGUCCAUACAGCCCAAUGUCCUGUCUGCUGACAGUGGCCAACGCCAGGUGUCCUAGAGGGAGU